AUGAAUAAUACUAUAAGAGUAAAAUGUUGUAAAGAAUAACAUGGGUAUUUAGAAUUAUGUUGUUUCAAUUAAUAAUGUAAAGUCAAUAGAGGUUAUUAUCAUUAAUGUCUUAAAACUGGAGAUCAUACUCCCCAUAUGAAGGAUUAAAAGAAUUUAAUGAAAUUAGUUGACUUUUUUCAUAAUAUUGAUCUUGAAAGUCAUAUUGUAAUAUCAAAAUUAAGUCAGAUGAUUGAAGAGAUAAAGGAUCUAAUGUUUUAACUAAAUUAAGGACUGAGAAAAGAAAGAUUGUAAUAUUUAAAUGCAGAACAAUUGAAUUCAGCUUUAAAUUAAAUAAUUUAAUAUGAUCAAAUUAAAAUAAUAAUAUUUGUGAAAAUCAAUUAAAAAGGAAUAAAUGUAAUUUUAAUAAGUUAUCAUUUAAUUUAUUAUUUCUGUCAUUUUACCACUUCCCUCAAGAUAGAUUAUAGAAUUGGUAUUAAGAUAUCUAAGGAAUUUUACAGUAUUGAUCUAUACGUCAAGAUACAAUAGGAAUUAAAAUUAGUUCUAUAAUAUUCAAUAAUGUUUAAAAAUAUAAUUUUCUCAUUUUUUAGUAUAACUAAUUUUAUUUUUUUCUCUCAAGCUCAAAUUACCCCAAAAUCACAAAUAGCAAAAUUAUAUAUGUGCUAGCACACUUAAAAUUUAAUUAAAUAAUAGCAAAAUGACUACCGUUAACAAAUACAAUUAUUCUAAAAUAUAGGAUCAAAAAUUUAAUUUAGUAUAUAAUCUUUAUAUCUAUAUAAACGUAACUCAGUGGCUGAGACCAAAGAAUUAAAGAAUAAUAUAACCUCAAAAUCAAUAAUUUCUUCUGGUCAUUGCUUCUACACUAAAAGAGUUAGAUCUUGCUUCAAUAAUAGAAAAGACAUUAAAAUUAUUCAAGAUGAAUAGCAUAACAGAUUGCAUAAAUAGAUUAGAGAAUUAUAAUUUACAUAUGAAAAUAAAAUCUUUAUUUGA